AUGCUCCUCCGUUCUGGGCGGCGCCUGGUCGCCCAGGAAGAACCGGGGCGGACGGCCUCGCCGAGGAGGAGAAGCAGGGCAAGGUCGGACCGGCACCGGCUCGCCGGCAUCCCCGAUGAGAUCCUGCAGCAGGAGAUCCUGCCCCGCCUCCCGGCCAAGUCCGUGCUCCGCUGCCGCGCCGUCUGCCGGUCCUGGCGCAGCCUCGCGUCCGACCCCGCCUUCCUCCUCGACCACCACCGCCGCCAGCCGGCGCUUCCCCUGAUCAGGUCCUGCCGGAUCUCCGACGUGUCCGGCCGCGGCCUUGAAUCCCGCCUCAACGCCAUCCACCUCCGGUCCGCGAAGCUCGGCCCCUCUUUCCAGUUCCCAUUCGGUGGCUCUUUCGCCAUCAGCGCCUCCUGCGACGGCCUUUUCGUCGUCUUCAACUACAUCAUCUGCAACCCGGCCACGCGAGAGUGGGCUACCCUACGGCAGGACGCCAAGCGCAUAGAAAAUCUCAUCGCCCUCUUCCGGCACCAACCUUCAGGGGAGUUCCGUGUGAUGUACUGGAGAAACAACUCUAUGGAGUUAAUCUGUCGGCAGGAGUAUUACAUGCUCACGGUGGGAACCAACAAUUCAUGGCGCGUCGAUUGUCCGUUAACAGAGGUUUUGGCCGAGGAACCAUCCAUCUUUGGCGCGCCGGUCCUUCUCAAUGGCAGCCUGCACAUACACUGGAGGAGACAGUCAGGUGUCCACUACCACAGGAUACGGGUGUUUGACACAGUGGCAGAGACGUCGCGGCUAAUGAUUCCGCCUCCUGUGAACCCCUGCCAUGUUAUGCACUUGCUUGACCUGGGUGGCAAGCUUGCUGCGUCCACCAGCAACGAUGGCAUGACUGGGAUGUCCAUCUUUGUGCUGCAGGACCCCGAGCACGAUGUCUGGUCGUUCCAGUACCGGAUCAAACUGCCCGUGAUGGAAAUCAGGCGCUUCCAGGAGCAAGGUGAUUGGUGGGCGAAGGUUGUCUCCGAGGAGGGGGACGUGCUUGUCAGCUGCUGCGGCCAUCUCCUACAAUGUGACAAGAAGGGUAAUUUGGUAGCUAAGUUCAAGUAUGAUGAUGACAUGCCGAUGGUCAUUCCUCACAAGUUCAAAGAGAGUCUUAUCCAGCAUACAUUUUUCCAAAAGACAAAGAACAAGAAUUGAUUUGUACCCACUCCUGGAUAUCUGAUUUCGCGCCAUGUUAAAUCUAACUUUCACUUGUCAGCUGCUGUGGCCAUCUCCUACAAUGUGACAAGAAGGGUAAUUUGGUAGCUAAGUUCAAGUAUGAUGAUGACAUGCCGAUGGUCAUUCCUCACAAGUUCAAAGAGAGUCUUCUCCAGCAUACAUUUUUCCAAAAGACAAAGAAGAAGAAUUGAUUCGCACACACUCCUGGAUAUCUGAUUUCGCGCCAUGUUAAAUCUAAGCGAUGCUGGAGUACCUCAAAUUGUGCACAUAUGUCUAGGAGAUGAGAAGAUUGAUCUGUAUGUUCACCUGCUCCAACUUGCUUGGGACAAAAGGCUUUGUUGUUGUUGUCAUUUUUGUUCUUCUUCUUGUUGUUGUCGUUGUCGUCGUUGUCGUUGUUGUUGUCGUCAUGGUUGUUGUUGUUCACCUUUCCCGUUUAUCAACUCAUGUGAAAGGUCGAGGCACUGGCGAUGUUGAAGUAGUUCAAUUCUCGCGCCUAUGUGUAGGUGUCCUCUGCUCCAGUUAUGUUCAA